AUGGGGCUCGACGAAACAGAAAGUAUCAGCAUUAAGAAACUUCUUGGGCUUAAGGAGCAGAAAUUGACCCUAAGGGUGCGGGAAUUAGAAUAUGAUCUAAUAGAGGAGCGGCGAAGGGAGCCGUUACCAGUGAUCAUAAAUGGGAAUGAAGGCAUCAGGGUGGUCGGUAGGUCCGAGAGCACACCAAGAAAGCCUUUCAAGGAGCACUUCAAACAGGAGAUGGCUAAACAAGUUUACAAGGAAUUUUUUGAAGUGGCCGAAAAGAUCCCCACUGGCACCUUUGAAGGGACUAGCGCCAAGCUCGAAAUUAAGGAGAUCCGAAAAUGCAAUAAUGCAGGCUCAGCUGGGAUAACAAUUGGUGGAGGAACCGGUAUGACCAAAGGAGUAGAAGAUGGGAUCGGUAGAGAUUGGAUGUCGAGAAUGCGCCUUGCGCAAAUGCCUUUUGAAAGAAGGGCUUGUGAAUCAGAAAAAGUGGCUCUUGAAGAAAGAAAUGCCACAUCUGCUAUCUGUCGGCUCGAUACAGAUGCAUGCAUGGAUACCACCCUCAAAGGGAUUGCUACAAAACCUCUUAGAUUAACGAAAACCGCCACUCCUCAGAGAAGCUUAGAGGAAAGAAAUCCAACAGUCAAUCAGGUUAAUCCCGAAAAGCUGACGAGAGCUCUUGCAGCUGCUACUCUUUCUGGAAGAGCUUAUUUUAGCGGCAAGUCUAACAGCGGAAUUGCCCACUUCUCUUCCAAAAAGCCAGCCGAUUAUCUUCAAUGCGUCGGGCAAUCACUUUUCCCUCUUAAGAUCAGAAGGCUUACGCACCCUGGCGACGAAAUGAGUUCGCUUCGCACCUUCCUCAGCUUUCAGGAAAGAUCCGACGCAGCUAUCGAGAGAUAUAAGCUUGCCAGCCCGGAGUGGAGGGAAAGAAAAGCUAUAAUGAUAGCAAGAAAGGCGACUAGUGAAGAUGCCGAGAAUGCCCUUGGGAAAGAAUACGCUCUUUUCGCGAAUUUGAAGGGCUUGUUUCUUCUCUUUGCCGGAUGGUUUAGCCACUUUUUUGAAAGUCGGCCUACUUCGAAUAAGCAAUCACAAAGAAUGGCCCGGGGGAGGGAGUUAUACUUGAAGUUUGCUGAUCUACCGGUAAGGGAAGCGCUGGGCUUUCUCAGUUCUGUCCCCUCUCUUUGCUCUCGUUCACCAGUGUGGAGGGCGGCGGAUCCGCUUUCUCCUCUAAAGUUAGGCCUCUUUGACGGGGGCGAAAAGACCACUGGUCUUAGAUUGAAAGCCGAAGUCAAGUAUUCUCGCCACGGGCGGAUAGCGCCUCUCUCCUCGAAUGUGUGCGGACCUUGUCUCCUCGCUGGCCGUCAUCCCGGUCCUUCGUCGGGUUCCGGUAGAGCCUCAGUUGAACCUGGCCUUACGACUCUUUUGGGCUGGCUAUCGGGUGCUAGGCUCAUGGCGCACCCGGACGUCAUUGCUUUCAUCUGUGGUUGA